AUGUCUCUGCCAUUCGUCAAGUCCAUCGAGGACUGCGGCGAGUACGCCAAAACAGUCCAACCCUACAUUCCGCAGCUCUAUGCUCUUCCUCGACAGAUUCUUGACAACAUUGCCAGUCCUGAUGGGCUGAGGCAGAUUUAUGUUGAUACAAACCCUCUCAUCUCAGGCUUUGCCAUUUCUAUUGCUCUUGGAUUUGUCUUCCUCGUCGUCUCCGAGAUCAACAGAAACUACUCUCAAGUUGAUCGAAUGUGGUCGAUUCUCCCAAACUUAUACGUCGUCCACCUCUCAGUCUGGGCGCGGCUGGCUGGUAUUACCUCUUCGCGAGUUGACCUUGUUGCUGCUGCUACAACCCUUUGGAGUUGCCGCUUGACAUAUAAUUACUGGCGUAAGGGGGGUUACAAUAAAGGAUCUGAAGAUUAUCGAUGGGCCAUUCUCCAGCAAUAUGUGCCCCGAUUUGUCUGGUUCCUCUUCAACAUCACCUUCAUUUCUUUUUACCAGAGCGUUCUGCUCUUCAGCUUCUCGUGCGUGCCUGCGUAUGCCAUUCUCUGUUCUACCAAGUUUGAGCAAGAUGUGACCUCUGCCGAUACUGUCUUUGCUCUCAUCAUGGUCGGCCUAGUCUACAGCGAGUGGGUUAGCGAUGGUCAGCAGUGGGACUACCACGCGGCCAAGCAUCAGUACCAGUCCGAGGCCAAGGUCCCCAAGAAGUUCAGGUACUCCCAAGCGGAGCUUGACCGUGGCUUCAACACUUCUGGUCUCUGGGCUUACAGCAGACAUCCCAACUUUGCUGCAGAGCAAAUGAUUUGGUUUGUGCUGUACCAGUGGAGUUGCUUCGCAACCAAGAAUAUUUACAGCUACACUUUCGCCGGCGCUGCCGCCUUGAUCCUCCUCUUCCAGGGUUCAACUUGGCUCACUGAGCUCAUCACGGCUGGCAAGUAUACUGAGUAUCCCAUGUACCAGAAACAGGUUGGCAUGUUUUUGCCCAAGUCCCUUACCCCCUACACGACUCCUGGCCCAAAGGUCAUUCGGACCAGCGAUAUUGCUAAAAGGAUGGAGAGCAAGAAGCAAGCUUAA